AGAGAGCGUGUACAGAGGAGGUCAAAGCUCUUGGCUCGCUAGCUCAGCCCCAGCGCCUGCAUGAACUUCCGGCUACACGCCAUUCCGCUUCCCGAGGAACGCUUGGGCUGUUGUACGGGUUCCCUACAGGACUCUGAAGACUGAGGAUAUCCGGCCCGAAGCGUUUGUGCGGCGCGGAGUUAAGCGCCCCGGCAGUAACUUAAGGGAAGUGGACCAGGGUUGCCGCUGCCCAGAGCGGUCCUUUAGUUUCCACUGGAGUGGAGGGAAGAGUGCUGCCAUGGCAGCCCCUGCGCAGCCCAAGAAGAUCGUGGCCCCUACGGUGUCCCAGAUCAAUGCGGAGUUCGUGACCCAGUUAGCAUGUAAAUACUGGGCUCCCCACAUCAAGAAGAAAUCACCUUUUGAUAUAAAGGUUAUUGAAGAUAUAUAUGAAAAAGAGAUUGUCAAAUCAAGGUUUGCUAUUAGAAAGAUAAUGCUCUUGGAAUUUAGCCAGUAUCUUGAAAAUUAUCUCUGGAUGAAUUAUUCUCCUGAGGUAUCCAGCAAGGCCUAUUUAAUGUCAAUCUGCUGUAUGGUGAAUGAGAAGUUUAGAGAAAACGUGCCUGCAUGGGAGAUUUUUAAGAAGAAGCCAGACCACUUCCCAUUCUUUUUUAAACACAUCUUGAAGGCGGCAUUAGCUGAAACUGAUGGUGAAUUUUCACUUCAUGAACAGACAGUCUUACUACUUUUUCUUGAUCAUUGCUUCAAUAGUUUGGAAGUAGACUUGAUACGAAGUCAAGUACAGCAGCUUAUCUCCCUCCCAAUGUGGAUGGGCUUACAGCUGGCACGAUUGGAAUUAGAAUUAAAAAAGACACCUAAGCUAAGAAAAUUCUGGAACUUGAUUAAAAAGAAUGAUGAAAAGAUGGAUCCAGAAGCAAGAGAACAGGCAUAUCAAGAGAGGAGAUUUCUUUCACAACUCAUCCAGAAGUUUAUCUCUGUGCUGAAAUCAGUCCCACUUUCUGAACCUGUCACUAUGGACAAAGUUCAUUACUGUGAAAGAUUCAUUGAACUUAUGAUCGAUCUAGAGGCCCUGCUACCCACAAGGCGCUGGUUUAAUACCAUCCUGGAUGAUUCCCACCUUCUGGUUCACUGUUACCUUUCCAAUCUUGUUCGUAGAGAAGAGGAUGGCCAUCUUUUUUCCCAGCUUUUGGACAUGCUUAAAUUCUAUACUGGUUUUGAAAUUAAUGACCAAACUGGAAAUGCUCUGACAGAGAAUGAGAUGACCACAAUUCACUAUGAUAGAAUUACUUCUCUACAGAGAGCUGCUUUUGCACAUUUUCCUGAACUCUAUGAUUUUGCCCUCUCAAAUGUGGCAGAAGUAGAUACUCGGGAGUCCUUGGUCAAGUUUUUUGGACCUCUUAGUUCAAACACACUCCACCAGGUGGCAUCAUACCUCUGCUUGUUGCCAACUCUUCCUAAAAAUGAAGACACAACUUUUGAUAAAGAAUUUCUUCUAGAAUUGCUGGUAUCUCGUCAUGAACGUCGAAUUUCUCAGAUUCAGCAGUUGAACCAGAUGCCUUUGUAUCCAACUGAGAAAAUUAUAUGGGAUGAAAAUAUUGUCCCAACUGAGUACUAUUCUGGAGAAGGUUGUCUUGCUCUUCCCAAAUUGAAUUUGCAGUUUUUGACUCUUCAUGACUACCUGCUAAGGAACUUUAACCUCUUCCGCUUAGAAUCAACUUAUGAAAUUCGUCAGGACAUUGAAGAUAGUGUCAGCAGAAUGAAGCCAUGGCAAUCUGAAUAUGGUGGUGUAGUGUUUGGUGGUUGGGCGCGAAUGGCCCAGCCCAUUGUGGCUUUCACUGUCGUUGAAGUGGCCAAACCCAACAUAGGUGAAAACUGGCCAACCCGAGUUCGUGCAGAUGUUACCAUAAAUCUCAAUGUCAGAGAUCACAUCAAAGAUGAAUGGGAAGGUCUUCGUAAGCAUGAUGUAUGCUUUUUAAUUACCGUACGUCCCACAAAACCUUAUGGCACUAAGUUUGACCGUAGGAGACCUUUUAUUGAGCAGGUUGGCCUGGUUUAUGUCAGAGGCUGUGAAAUUCAGGGCAUGCUGGAUGAUAAAGGACGUGUCAUUGAAGAUGGACCUGAACCCAGACCCAAUCUUAGAGGAGAAUCAAGGACAUUUAGAGUGUUUUUGGAUCCAAACCAGUAUCAACAAGAUAUGACCAAUACUAUACAAAAUGGAGCAGAGGAUGUAUAUGAAACUUUUAAUAUAAUAAUGAGGAGAAAACCAAAGGAAAAUAACUUUAAGGCUGUGCUGGAGACUAUUCGGAACCUGAUGAAUACUGAUUGUGUGGUACCUGACUGGCUGCACGAUAUCAUUUUAGGUUAUGGGGACCCAAGUAGUGCACAUUAUUCGAAAAUGCCCAAUCAGAUUGCCACCCUUGAUUUCAAUGAUACAUUUCUCUCCAUUGAGCAUUUAAAAGCCAGCUUCCCUGGUCAUAAUGUUAAAGUAACUGUAGAAGACCCUGCUCUACAAAUACCCCCUUUCAGGAUAACUUUUCCAGUAAGAAGUGGAAAGGGGAAGAAAAGGAAAGAUGCGGAUGUGGAAGAUGAAGACACCGAGGAAGCAAAAACCUUAAUUGUUGAGCCCCAUGUUAUUCCUAAUAGGGGUCCUUAUCCUUAUAAUCAACCCAAACGUAAUACGAUUCAGUUCACUCAUACACAGAUAGAAGCCAUCCGUGCUGGAAUGCAGCCUGGGCUGACUAUGGUUGUGGGCCCACCUGGUACGGGCAAAACAGAUGUGGCAGUUCAGAUCAUAUCCAACAUCUACCACAACUUCCCAGAACAGAGGACUCUAAUUGUUACUCAUUCCAAUCAGGCCCUAAACCAGUUGUUUGAGAAAAUCAUGGCAUUAGACAUUGAUGAGCGCCACCUACUGCGUCUUGGUCAUGGAGAAGAAGAGCUGGAGACAGAGAAAGAUUUCAGCAGGUAUGGAAGAGUUAAUUAUGUUCUGGCUCGAAGAAUAGAACUUUUAGAAGAAGUCAAACGAUUGCAAAAGAGUCUAGGGGUUCCAGGAGAUGCCUCAUAUACCUGUGAAACUGCAGGCUAUUUCUUCUUAUACCAGGUAAUGUCUCGCUGGGAAGAGUACAUCAGCAAAGUGAAAAAUAAAGGUAGUACAUUGCCAGAUGUUACGGAAGUCUCCACUUUCUUCCCUUUCCAUGAAUACUUUGCAAAUGCUCCUCAACCCAUUUUUAAAGGAAGAUCUUAUGAAGAAGACAUGGAAAUUGCUGAAGGAUGUUUCAGGCAUAUUAAGAAAAUCUUUACACAGCUUGAGGAAUUCAGAGCCUCUGAAUUGCUUCGAAGUGGACUGGACAGAUCUAAAUACCUUUUAGUGAAAGAAGCCAAAAUUAUUGCUAUGACCUGUACUCAUGCUGCCUUAAAACGACAUGACUUGGUCAAGCUAGGUUUCAAGUAUGACAACAUUUUGAUGGAAGAGGCUGCUCAGAUUCUGGAGAUAGAAACUUUUAUCCCUCUUCUUCUACAGAAUCCUCAGGAUGGAUUUAGCCGACUAAAACGAUGGAUUAUGAUUGGCGAUCAUCACCAGUUACCUCCAGUUAUUAAGAACAUGGCCUUUCAAAAGUACUCAAACAUGGAGCAGUCUCUCUUCACUCGCUUUGUUCGCGUUGGAGUUCCGACUGUUGACCUUGAUGCUCAAGGGAGAGCCAGAGCAAGCUUGUGCAACCUCUACAACUGGCGAUACAAGAAUCUAGGAAACUUACCCCAUGUGCAGCUCUUGCCAGAGUUUAGUACAGCAAAUGCUGGCUUACUGUAUGACUUCCAGCUCAUUAAUGUUGAAGAUUUUCAAGGAGUGGGAGAAUCUGAACCUAAUCCUUACUUCUAUCAGAAUCUUGGAGAGGCAGAAUAUGUAGUAGCACUUUUUAUGUACAUGUGUUUACUUGGUUACCCUGCUGACAAAAUCAGUAUUCUAACAACAUAUAAUGGCCAAAAGCAUCUUAUUCGCGACAUCAUCAAUAGACGAUGUGGAAACAAUCCAUUGAUUGGAAGACCAAACAAGGUGACAACUGUUGAUAGAUUUCAGGGUCAACAGAAUGACUAUAUUCUUCUUUCUCUGGUACGAACCAGGGCAGUGGGCCAUCUGAGGGAUGUCCGUCGCUUGGUAGUGGCCAUGUCUAGAGCCAGACUUGGACUUUAUAUCUUCGCCAGAGUAUCCCUCUUCCAAAACUGUUUUGAACUGACUCCAGCUUUCAGUCAGCUCACAGCUCGCCCCCUUCAUUUGCAUAUAAUUCCAACAGAACCUUUCCCAACUACUAGAAAGAAUGGAGAGAGACCAUCUCAUGAAGUACAAAUAAUAAAAAAUAUGCCCCAGAUGGCAAACUUUGUAUACAACAUGUACAUGCAUUUGAUACAGACUACACAUCAUUAUCAUCAGACUUUAUUACAACUACCACCUGCUAUGGUAGAAGAAGGUGAGGAAGUUCAAAAUCAAGAAACAGAAUUGGAAACAGAAGAAGAGGCCAUGACUGUUCAAGCUGACAUCAUACCCAGUCCAACAGACACCAGCUGCCGUCAAGAAACUCCAGCCUUUCAAACUGACACCACCCCCAGUGAGACAGGAGCCACUUCCACCCCAGAAGCCAUCCCUGCUUUGUCUGAGACCGCCCCUACUGUGGCAGGAGCUGUAUCUGCACCGGCAGAAGCUAACACACCUCAGGAUGCCACAUCUGCCCCAGAAGAGACCAAGUAGCCAAACUGUAGUCCUUCUAAAGGAGGAUAUGGCAGUCAAAAAAUCUGAGUAAAGCUAUUUUUUGUAUUUUAUAUUUGCUUCUGCCAUUUUACUGUCACUAAUUAAUGUUUAGUUCUUAUAUUUGUUAACUGAUUUCGGUGUCUUGAAUAUAUUUUUUUAAAUUAUGUGUAUGAACAAUUCUAGUUUCCUUUGUUCAGUCAGAAGAGCAAAUAACCAUUCCUUUCAUGUUUUGAUCACUGAGUGUGUCUGUAAUCAUACCUACAUUAAAAUCAUUUUCUAUAGAAUAUAUAAUAUAUACUUCACAUUUUUAGUGAACUUCUCUAAAGAAGAGGACAGAAUAUACUGGACUUAACCACGAAUACCCUUGAGUGUCCAAAUUGGGAAGGAACUUGUUUCUUCUGUUAUACUAUCAAAUGCUUAAAUUCUGUUUCCUUUUUUCUUACCUUUCUUUGCUGUCUUUAUGUAAAGAUAUUAUUAGCAGUAAGAUACAGGUUUCUUCAAUCUAUCAAAGUGGUUACAUGCAUUUCCUUCUCUCAAAUCUUAGAAUGCCUUAGAAUCACCUAAGAUGUCUGUUUAUUCUUGAGGCACACCUCAGACUGAAUGAGUCAGAAUCUCAGGAUUAGAGCCCAGGAAUCUAUAUUUUAGGAGGUUCUCCACACCACUAAUGUUUGGGUUGCUGGCAGGGUGGCAUCAGCCAAGGCUGGUUAGGCUGAGCCAGGAUUCGUCAUCAGCUAAAUAGGAAGACUCUGCCAAAUCAAUCUGGGCAAGAAGCAGGAUCCUGAGUCUGGGCAAUGAGAGUCAGAGAACUUAACUCCUGUGUGCAGGGUAGAAUUUUCCCAUGGCAGAAAUUCUGAGUUUUCUGCCUUAUUUUUCUUGGGAUAACCAGCCACAAGGAGACCUUCAGGUAAAAUGUGAUUCAAAUAUGGGAAGGCAGAGGUACCUGGGACCUUGCUACUCAAGUAUGAUUUGUGAACCACCAGCAUCAACAUCAUAUUGAAGUUUGUUAUUUAUAGAAAUGCAGAAGUUUGGGCUCUGCUCCAAACCUAUUAAAUCUAAAUCUACAUUGCAACAAAGUCCCCAGGUGAUUCACAGGCACUUUGUAGUUUGAGAAGCACUGUACUAAGAUUGCUGUGUUGUCUUCACAUGAAUGAGGCUAUAAUGUAGAAUUACCAGUGAAUGUGACUAAUGUUUUCUGACAAGGGACCUCUGCUUAUAAGGUCCCUGGGCAUGGUGCCCAGAACUGAAAAAAAAAAAAAAGGAAAUGUUUAUAUGUAUGUGUAGAGGGGAAAAUUGCCCACUAGUUCUCUAUUUCCCAUUUUGACCAUCUGCUAGAGUAUCUAAAGGGGAGCAUUUACCCCAGAGUGUCUCCUCUAGUGCAUCCACCUAUGGGCCUGGCCAUGUCCAAGGAAUCUUUGAAGAAACAAGCAAGAACUGCACACUACCAUUGAAAUCCUUCUGGUCCUGACAUUUUGAAGGAAUGAUUGCUUCAUAGGGAAAUUAAACCCAGAAAGUCAAGUCAGUUAUAUUUUUUGAGUAACUAGUGUUUGCUCAGCUCUACCAGGCUGUGUUGAAUAUGGUCCAGACUCUCAUUUUAUGAUGUAUCCUACUGCAUCAGGACAUUUGUGUCAAUGUCAGGUGACGAGGGGAAAUGAAAGUGAUGAGACGAUGAGAGGAGUGAAAUACCAAGGACGCGAUACUAGGAAACCCAGGUCUAUUUGUUAUCAGAGUAAGGAUCAAGCCAGAUAGCCUGUUACGUAAUUUCUCCGAUAAAAUAUUUUGAAAGCAGGUGCUGUGGGCAUCUGUAUGGGGAAUCGCACUCAUAGAAUUAUUUUCAUUUGUAAAUAUUUGGUAUCAGGCCAAGCAAGGGAAAGAAGCUUUACUGUAUUACCAUCUUUCCUGGAAAAGAUUGAUUUUUCUCUCUCCCUUAGGGGAUAUGAGGUAUGAUACCUGCAACCAAAAUAAGCUGGCUGUUAAGUGCUCUCUCCUUAACUAUUGUCCAAGCAAUGUACAUCACUCUUGCCUAGAUGAGUGACCAUACUUUUUUCUUUGCUGCUUGGUUUUUCUAUCACUAAAAAGCAAAUUUAGGUGGAAGAUGGAUGGGCAAGUCCUUUGUCCUUGUCAAAAGAAUUUAGAAAGGGUAAAGGUGGUGGGAUUUGAAUUCUUUUAAACUGUUUAUUCAUUGGAAAGGCAAGUGAGUGGCAGUUGACUGUAGAGUCUUGGGAAUUUUUGAAGGAAUUUAAGAGCUGUACUUAUUUUAAAUAAUGAGGAAACAAUCAGAGAGACUUAACCAGGGUGGCAACUAUGGAAGAGCGGGGUAGAAUCCAAGUCUACAGUUCUAUGGCACUGCUUUGUUUAUUUUUUCAAUCAAGCACACAUGAGGGAUUGCUUAAUAAAUUCAAGAGUUUUCUAUAUAGUUUGGGAUUACUACAGACACAGGUACUCUAGCCAUGUGACUAUUUCAGAUUAGUGUUCCCAUUGCUCUCCAUCCUAUUUUUCAUAUCUAAAUGUGUCAUGAUUUUAGAAUCUCUUUGUAAAGAAAACCAAAAAGAGCCAUGCCCAAAAGAAUGAGCAUGAAAUGAAGCAAUUCAAGUAUUUAGAAUUUCUUCUUCUUCUUCUUUUUUUUUUUUUUCCAAAAUUCUGAGUUAAGAAAGUUCAUUGCCAACAGUUGAGGAUAAAUAGCUCUAUUGAUUUAGGCAAAUGAAUGAGAAGAUUUAAACAUCAUCAAGAAUCCCGAAGUUGGUGUAAUAAAAGUUGAGAUGUUUUGCUAGAUGCUGAGAGAAAAGGCAUAAAUAGGCCAUUUGUGCUCCUGUAAACAAAUGAAAUUUUGUAAUGAUCAAGAGACAGCAUGAUAUUGUAAAACACACUUUGGACUCAUCGAGACCUGGCUCAGAGUUGUACCUAAUUUGCUUAUCAGCAUUUGGUUAGACCUUAGACAAAUUUUAUAACCUCUCUAAGCCCAUUUUCUUUAUCUGUAAAUAAAGGAAAAAGAUCUGUUUGGA